AUGGCGGAUGUGCGAUCGCUCCUCCGGAAUGAACUAGCUUCGCGCAAGGGCGCGACGCAACCAAAUACCACCGGCAACCGAAUCAGCAAAAAGCGCAAAGUCGACAAUGGGGACGGUCUGAUGCGAAAAAAGCUGCGAUCGACAGACCUGGACGCUGUCCAGGCCGUGGCAAAUACCCAAGCCUCCCAGGCGCCCGAUGCGGACACAACCGAGGACGAGGUUUUGGAACCCAUCGAGGAAGAUGAAGAUACUGGCCCCGAACUUCCUGUGCAAGGAACACAGGAGGACACUACAGCGGCAGACUUCUCAGAGUCUGGGCCUGGAGCUACGGCACCCCAAUCAACCCCACAGACAGUCGACGAAGACGAGUGGGCUACAUUCGAACGCGAAGUCGCCGCCCCAACCCGAAUGUUACAUGCCCCAGCUGCAGUUUCAGCGGAGGCUACGAUAUCCGCCGCUCCAGUAACCGCCGAGGAACUUGCCGCACAACAAUACAGAGACAAGCCGUCGACAACACAAACCCGGGAAGCUGAGUUAGAGGGCGAACGGGAAGACGCUGCCCGAUUUAUGGAGGAAGAGUUUGACGAAAUGGAUCAGCUGGAGGAGCGGGUACGGAGGCUGAAGCAAAUGCGAGAGGAGUUACGGCAGAAGCGCGCUGAAGACCAAGCUCGGGACAUCCCUAUGACAUCGGAGGAUCAACGAGCGCCUGAGAGUGACAGCGAGGAGGAUGAGGAUGAUGAUUGGGAUGAUUGGCGAUUCAAAUGA